AACAGCUCUCAAAAUCCCUCUGCUUCCUUCCCUGGCAAGGCAGCAUUCCCAGCCACCCCCACCGUGCUCAUUUAGCAUCUUCCUCCUCCUCCUCCUCCUCCUUUCCCACCUGUGUGGGGGCACCUGCAGGGCUGUUCCCUCCUUCUCCAGAGCUUUUCCCAUUUUUCCCAUCAAUAUUUUUCCCCUCAUUUCUGUUUCUGUGCCAUAUUUGGGGCCAUCACUGCCUCCCAGCCCCAGGUUCCCACACCUGCAGCCCCCCUGGCACUGCCUGGUCACCUGUGCCCCCCUGUCCUGCCUCGAGCCCCACUUUUCCCAUCCCCACAGCAUCCGUAGGGAUCCAGGGGUGUCAUCAGCUCCCUGAAUCCCAGCCCAGGGAUGCUCCCAGCCCAUCCCACCCCGCGGGACCACUGUGGCCCUGCUCGGGGCUGGGAGGAGAACUGGGUCAGCCGUGUAACCAUGGAGAUGCUGAGGGAGAUGCUGAAGCAGCGCCAGCACAGCCCCGGCUCUCCAGAACCCUGGAAAGCUUCACCCGCCCUGGCACCCUCCGGAUCCGGCCGGGAUGGGGCUGGGAAGCUGAGCCGAGCUUCCUCCUCCUCCUCCUCCUCCCCGGCGCAGGGCCGCUGAUCCCGGGCAGCAGAGCCGGUGCCGGUGCCGGCGGGCGCGCUGACCAUGUUCAACGGGGAUGCCAGCUCCUCGUCUGCCCGGAAUGUGGUGCGCAGCUCCAGCAUCAGCGGCGAGAUGUACAGCCUGGAGAAGAGCGCGCGCGGCAGCGCCGACUCCGUCUCCGUCACCGUCACCGCCAGCAAGAAGCGGCGCUCCAGCCUGGGCGCCAAGAUGGUGGCCAUCGUGGGGCUGUCCCAGUGGAGCAAGAGCACCCUGCAGCUCAACCAGACCGAGGGCGGCCCCAAAAAGCUGCGCAGCACCAUCCGCAGGAGCACCGAGACCGGCAUCGCCGUGGAGAUGAGGACCAGGGUGACCCGGCAGGGCAGCCGGGAGUCCACGGACGGCAGCACCAACAGCAACAGCUCCGACGGCACGUUCAUCUUCCCCACCACGCGGCUGGGAGCCGAGAGCCAGUUCAGCGAUUUCCUCGACGGGCUGGGGCCGGGGCAGCUCGUGGGGCGGCAAACCCUGGCGACGCCCCCGAUGGGAGAUGUCCACGUGGGCAUGGCUGACCGCAACGGGCAGCUCGAGGUGGACGUGAUCCAGGCCAGGGGGCUCAUCCCAAAGAUGGGCUCCAAGUGCAUCCCUGCCACCUAUGUGAAGGUUUACCUGCUGGAGAACGGCGUCUGCCUGGCCAAGAAGAAGACCAAGGUGGUGAAGAAAACCUGCGACCCCUCGUACCAGCAGCCCCUGCUCUUCGAGGAGAGUCCCCAGGGCAAAGUCCUGCAGGUGAUCGUGUGGGGCGAUUACGGGCGCAUGGACCACAAGUGCUUCAUGGGGAUGGCCCAGAUCAUCCUGGAGGAGCUGGAUCUCUCCAGCGCCGUCUCGGGCUGGUACAAACUCUUCCCAACCUCCUCCCUGGCCGACUCCAGCAUCGGACCCCUGACCCGGCGCCUCUCCCAGUCCUCCCUGGAGAGCUCCACCAGCCCCUCCUGCCCGUAGAGAGGCUGGGAUGGGCCAGGAGACAUCCAAGCAGACCUUGCAGAACUGGUCGUGGAGAGCUGUAAAUAUCCUUAUUUUUUGGUUUUUUUUUCCUUUUUUUUUUUAAUUUUCAAUCUCCUUCCCCCACUGGAUGCCCUCCCUGGGAAGGGAGAGGGAGCAAGGACUGGGUGUGAGGCAGGGGGGGGAAGGAGAGGUGAAAAUUCCUCCCUGAGGGCUGCGACUGCCAACGACCCCAAGACUGUUCCCAAACCUCAUCCUGGGAGCUCCCAGCUCUGUCCCAACCAGAGCCUGGCUGAGGACGAGGUCCCUUUAUCUGUCUCGGCCUUGGGAUGGUCUCCUCAAGUUUGGGAUGCUCUCCUCGAGGUUGGGAUGGCUUCUUUGGGACCUGGAAUGCUCUCCUUGAGGUCUGGGCUGGCCUCUUUGGGACCUGGAAUGCCCUCCUCGAGGUUG